UCCGCCCUUACUCCAUCAACCUUCCAUUAUGCCACCAAAGAAGGCCGUUACCGAAGAAAAGAUCCUUUUGGGUCGUCCAUCCAACAACUUGAAGAUUGGUGUCGUUGGUCUCCCCAACGUUGGAAAGUCCACCUUCUUCAAUGCCAUCACCAACAGUUCGGUUCCUGCUGAGAACUUUCCUUUCUGCACAAUUGACCCUGAAGAAUCUCGAGUGGCUGUUCCAGAUGCUCGUAUGGAUGUUUUGAUGGAUAAAUUCAAGUCGACAAACAAGAUUCCUGCCUGGUUGACUGUUAUCGAUAUCGCAGGAUUGGUCAAAGGCGCCUCAGCCGGAGAGGGUCUCGGCAAUGCAUUCUUAUCACACGUCCAAGCUGUGGAUGCCAUCUUUCACGUUUGCCGUGCUUUCGAAGAGGUAGAUGUUAUUCACGUUGAUGGUGAGGUCAACCCUAUCAAAGAUCUCGAAACCAUUCAUCACGAGCUUCGUGUCAAAGAUGAAGAAUUCAUCAAUAGUGCGAUUGCUGAUCUGAAAAAGACUAUGGGCCGCCUUGGCUCUAACAACACGGCUCCAGAGCGUGCUCGUCAGGAACAACUGGCAAUUCUUGAGAAGGUGCUAAAGUACGUCUCGGAAGACAAGAAAGAUGUCCGCUGUGGUGAUUGGAGCAAUAAGGAGGUGGAGAUCAUUAAUCCCCUCAGGCUGUUGACUGCUAAACCCGUCAUCUACCUUGUCAAUUUGAGUGAAGCUGAUUACAUCCGUAAGAAGAAUAAAUGGCUCGCUAAAAUUCAUGCAUGGAUUCAAGAAAAUAAUCCUGGCGAUGUCCUUAUUCCUUUUUCUGGUGUUCUCGAGAGCAGGAUCUCCGAGAUGGAUGAAGCUGCUCGUGAGGAGGAACUCAGGAAGCUAGGUACGACUUCAGCAUUGCCCAAGAUCAUUGUCUCUGGCUAUUCUGCUUUGAACUUGAUCUACUACUUUACUGCCGGCCCCAUGGAAUCGAGGUGCUGGACUGUCCGUAAAGGAACCAAGGCUCCACAAGCAGCAGGUGUCAUUCACACAGAUUUUGAACGUGGUUUCAUCAUGGCUGAGGUCAUGCGCUACGAUGAUCUCAAGGAACUCGGCAGUGAAGCUGCUGUCAAGGCUGCUGGAAAGUAUAUGCAGAAGGGCCGUGACUAUGUUGUUCAGGAUGGCGAUAUCAUUCACUUCAAGUUCAAUGUUACUGCUCCUCCCAAGAAAAAGUAAAAAUAAAUGAGCUUUUCCAU